UGAAAAUAUCCGCGACUUCAAAUAUUAAAAUACAAUUUUUCCGUUCAUCAUUCCCUGUAAAUAAUACUUUUUGUCAAUCAUCUAAUUUAAAAUAAUAUAAUUGUUGUAGGCUAUUGGCUAGGUUACUGACGUCAGAUCAUGGCGCGCUAUUCACAUGAACCAGACAAUGCCACUAAAUCGUGCAAGGCACGUGGCUCCAACCUCAGGGUACAUUUCAAGAACACCCGAGAAACAGCAAAGGCCAUUGGCAAGAUGCCAUUGAGGAGGGCCGUUCGAUACCUGAAGAAUGUCACAGACAAGAAGGAAUGUGUACCCUUCAGGAGGUUUAACGGUGGAGUUGGACGGUGUGCACAGGCUAAACAGUGGGGCACAACUCAGGGAAGGUGGCCCAAGAAGUCAGCUGAGUUUCUUCUUCAGCUGCUGAAGAAUGCUGAGUCAAACGCUGACUACAAGGGACUGGAUGUUGACCGUCUGGUCAUUGACCACAUCCAGGUUAACAGAGCACCUUGUCUGCGUCGUCGUACCUACCGUGCCCACGGUCGCAUCAACCCCUACAUGAGCUCACCUUGCCACAUUGAGGUGGUCCUCACAGAGAAGGAGGAGGUGGUUGCCAAGGCCGCUGAGGAAGAGCCUGCCAAGAAGAAGGUCUCCAAGAAGAAGUUGGCUCGCCAGAAGGAGAAGAUGAUGAGGGAUUAGACACUUAAUUGUGUUUUUUAAUAAAUGUUAUAAUUUAACUCA